AUGGGCUGCACUGAGCAAGAGCUUCCUGAUACGUGUGGAGAGAAGGGGGACGGCAGCGGGAACGGGGCUCUCCCCUCUGGCAACGGGAACGGGGCCCCCGGCAACGGGAACGGACACCGGGCAACGGGAACGGGCCACUCGGCAACGGGAACGGGCCCCCAGCAGCGGGAACGGGAAGGGGCCUCCCCGAAACGCAGCUUUGCUGGGUGCCGUGGCAGGCUGGCCGGCCGGGUUCGCCAGGCUCCUCAUGCAGUUAAAGGAGGCUUUAACUUGGGGCUGGCCAUUCCCCCUCUCCCCGGCAACGCCAGGAGCCUGGGAAUGCUCCGCACAGCCCCCCACCUAAUAUAUCAAGGAUAUCCAGGACUCUCUGAGCAAGAAGCUUUAUGCAAAAAAGCAGGCCCUCCGCUGAAAAGCUCAGUGUCAGCAGACAGAGAAAAUACCGUUGGAGCAAUUUCUCACCUGUAUUGUAUUUUACUCUUUGUAUUCUGUUUGGUAACUGUUUAUUCUGAUUAUGCAGGUUACCCUUUCCCUACUGCUCCUCCUGUGGAUCCAUUUGCAAAAAUCAGAGUAGAUGACUGUGGAAAAACUAAAGGAUGCUUCAGGUAUGGUAAACCUGGAUGUAAUGCAGAGACUUGUGACUAUUUUCUAAGUUACCGUAGAAUAGGAGCUGAUGUUGAAUUUGAGUUGAGUGCCGAUACUGAUGGCUGGGUGGCAGUGGGAUUUUCUUCAGACAAGAAAAUGGGAGGCGAUGAUGUCAUGGCUUGUGUUCAUGAUGAUAAUGGAAGAGUCCGAAUCCAGCACUUCUAUAAUGUUGGGCAGUGGGCUAAAGAAAUCCAGAGAAAUCCUGCUAGAGAUGAAGAAGGGGUCUUUGAAAAUAAUCGCGUAACCUGUCGAUUCAAGCGUCCUGUAUACGUUCCCCGAGAGGAAACUAUUGUAGAUCUGCACCUGAGUUGGUACUACUUGUUUGCCUGGGGUCCAGCAAUUCAGGGUUCUAUAACUCGUCAUGACAUAGACUCCCCACCUGUAUCAGAGCGUGUUGUCAGUAUUUACAAGUAUGAAGAUAUUUUCAUGCCUUCAGCUGCCUAUCAGACCUUCUCUUCUCCCUUCUGCCUGCUCCUCAUUGUUGCACUGACCUUCUAUUUAUUGAUGGGAACCCCCUGACUGCUGGAAAAGAGCACGAAUUGUCAGUGAAAGUUUCUCAGGAUGGAUGCAUAGAUGGAUGGAUGGAUGAUGCACUUUUAUAUUGGAAUUUAUAUCACACCACCACCAUCAUCUUGCUGCUUUUGAAUAUAGUUAGCUUCUCUGGAGAAGGAAACAUCUCCAUCGAGUGGCAGAGUGGUGACAAGUCAUGUAAGAAAAAUCAGUGAACAAAUAGCAGAUUUUUUCAGUGUUAUGACUACUUGCUUAAGAAAAGAAGAUUUUUGUAAAAUCCUUGUGUGUGUGCGUGCGUGUGUGUGUGUGUGUUUGUGGGGGUGUCUCUGUGUGUGUUUGAGAGACGUUAGUGUUCGAUAUCUUAUCAAACAGCAAAAAUGCCUUUCAAAUUGCUUCCUGAAAAGCUGAAUUGGGGAAAUAUUAUAGUGCUGUUUGACACUUUUGGUGCAGAUGGCACAAGUGCAAGUACAGAUGCUGAACUUAAGAUCAGGCUAUUGAUUCCACAGUAUAAAUCCUACCCUAUUGAUAGGAUACCCUCUCUCUCUCUCUUUUUUUAAAUAUAUAUUAAUUGAAGUUUACUUAUUCUGGUACUUUCUGAAACUAAACAUACAUAAUCAAGCAUAAACAUGAUGGUUUUUUAAACAGGCGGAAAGGAAAAUAAUGUAAAAUCUCUAUACAUAGAAAAAUAAGUGUAAACCUGAACCUACACAUUCCCAAGAAGCCAUAGACCAUUCCCCUAAUAGAUGAACUAAUUUUUUUUUUCUCUUUUUAUGAUGGAACAUUAAUAUUGUUGACAUGUAAAUAUGUUUUUAAGCAGUUGUUUAGUCACAUUAAGGAAUCUUUUUUUGUUGUUAUAUACUUAUACACACUGUUCAUGUUACAGAUGAAUAUGGGCAGCUGAUGUUAACUGUUAUAUAGAGAUGAAAAUACACUUGACAUUAUUUAUAAGGAAAAAUAACGAUUAAUAAAAAGAAAAGUGGUCUCAGUUUCAUCAAACCAUUCCUAAAAAUAUGGUGAUUGUGGAAAAAUAUAAGAUGAAGAAGAAAUACAUUAGAAUUUUUUCACCAACAAAUAUUACAUAAAAUGAAUGCUAGAUGUUAUCAAAAUGGAAAUUGUCAAAAUAUAUUUGUGAGCCACAGAAUAUUAAAAAAAUACUGAAUUAUUGUGCAGAAUUUCUCAUCUUUACAUGUACACACAUAGCAGUAAAACGUACUUAAAGUUGCUCUUUCACAUCCCAACUUGCCCUAUUGGACCAAGAUUUCAGCCUCUGGUGUGACAAACUAGAGGAGCCAGUAAUCCUGGUUCUAGCAAAUUAUCUGAUGGGCCUCCUGUCUACUAGAAGGGUGUAGAAUGGUUAAAAAUAAAUAACUA